AUGUCAAGCGUUAAAGUAGAUAAACCUAUUAUAUUUGAAGGUCAUCGAAAUUUUAGAUUAAGAUUGGUGUUGGCCACACUUUCUGGGAAGCCAAUCAAAAUCACCAAAAUUAGAUCAGAAGACAUGAAUCCUGGUUUGAAAGAUUAUGAAGUUUCAUUUCUUAGAUUAAUGGAAGCUAUCACUAAUGGGUCUCAUAUAGAGAUUUCAUAUACUGGUACUACUGUGAUAUAUAGACCGGGUAUUAUAAUAGGAGGAGAUUUGACACAUAACUGUCCUGAUUCAAAAGUUGUGGGAUAUUAUAUAGAGCCAAUGUUGAUGAUGGCCCCAUUCUCCAAAAAGAAAUUCAGUAUAGUUUUUAAAGGUUUGACUAAUGCAGAAGGUAAUGAUACUGGUGUAGAUGCCAUAAAAUGGGGGUUGUUGCCAAUAAUGGAAAAAUUUGGAGUUAGAGAAGUUUCGUUACAUAUUUUGAAAAGAGGUUCUGCACCAUUAGGAGGUGGUGAAGUUCAUUUGUUGUGUAACUCAUUGAUUGCUCAACCUAUUACUAUUCAUGCUUUGGAUAUACCUAAAUUCUCGGCAAUUAGAGGUAUUGCCUAUUGUACAAGAGUUUCUCCAUCUACAGUUAAUAGAAUGAUUGAUUCUGCCAGAGCAGUAUUGAAACCUACUAAAUGUGAAGUCAAUAUAACUUCCGAUGUCUGGAGGGGUGCCAAUUCAGGUAAGUCUCCUGGAUUUGGAAUUACAUUGGUGGCUGAGCUGAAACGUGGAUGGAGAGUACUUGCAGAAAAUGUUGGUGCUGCUGGUGGUUUACCAGAAGACUUGGGUGAAUUGACUGCCUAUCAAGUUUUGGAAGAAAUUACAAAUAGUGGUGUUGUUGGAAGAUAUCAAUUAGCAUUGGCACUUGUAUAUAUGACUAUUGGUAAAGAAGAUGUUGGUCGUUUGAAGAUCCACAAAAGUGAAGUUGAUGAGAAUUUUAUAAACACUUUAAGAGAUAUAAAGGAUGUUUUUGGAACUGAAGCAUUCUUGAAAGAAGAUGAUGAUGCUGAUGGUGAGGAAAACUUUUUGACUGUUUCUAUCAAAGGUGUUGGUUUCACAAAUGUUUCCAAAAAGAUUGCUUAA